CGAAAAUAUCACUUCCGGCUAGUUGCAAUUUGACAGCAUGAUAUUGCAACACAAAAUACAAGUAAUUUACUAGCUAUUAUAGAUUUAAAGUGAUUCUUUUAAUCUGUGGAUCAACGAUGAUGACCAAAGAAAGAAUACAGUUAUGAUGGAAUUAAAUGAUGAAAAGGUCCUUAGGAGUUUCCUCCUUAAACCAGCAAUCCACUAGUAGUAAGGUCCAAAGAUUAAAUCCACCUUCCGCAGAAGUCAGGAAAGCUGGACCUUAUCUGUUAGGACCAAGACAAGGAUCUUCUCCUGUAAGAAGUAUUGUACAGUGUUUGGCAAGAAAAGAUGGGACAGAUAAAUUCUACACUAUAAAGAUUUUAACCCUGUCUGACCCCAGAGAAGAGAGCCAAGAUGAUAGACAAGGGAAAAUGUUGUUACACACAGAAUAUUCUUUGUUGUCUUUACUUCACAACCAAGAUGGAGUUGUACAUCAUCAUGGACUGUUUAAGGAUGAAGCAUUAGAGGAUAAAGAAAGUUCCCGGUAUUAUCCUGGCCAGUCCGUCCCUAGAAAGAGAAGACGACUCUGUCUGGUGUUAGACUGUCUGGUUCACCAUGAUUUUAGUGACGAAAAUCAAGAACUUGUCAACCUACAACAUUAUGUCAUUAAAGAGAAGAAACUGUCGGAGAAAGAAGCCAUAAUCGUAUUUCUUGAUAUUGUUAGAGUUGUGGAGAGUUUACAUAGGAAAAAUUUGGUUCAUCGUGAUUUAAAGCUUGGUAACAUGGUACUGAACAAGAAAACAAAGAGGAUAACAAUCACCAAUUUCUGUCUGGGGAAACUUCUGGUCUCAGAGACAGAUCCAUUAAAGGACCAAAGGGGUAGUCCUGCUUAUAUCAGCCCUGAUGUCUUAAGUGGCAAACCAUAUCUAGGCAAGCCAAGUGACAUGUGGGCCCUUGGUGUAGUUUUAUUUACAAUGUUAUAUGGACAGUUUCCAUUCUAUGAUAGUCAGCCACAGGAGUUAUUCAGGAAGAUAAAAGCUGCCGAGUUUACUAUGCCAAGUGAUGGAAGAGUUUCUGAAGAUUCUAAGUAUAUCAUUCAAAAUCUUUUGACAUUGGACUCUGAAAAACGUUUGACAGCUUUAGAAGUGAUAGAACAGUUACAGUCACUGCUUGAUAAAUGGAAAGCGAUGUCUAGUAUAAGUGGUCCUCUACAAGUAGUCCCUGAUAUUGAUGACAAGUAUGUUAGUGAUAACAAGGGUGAAGAGGAUGAAGGAUCAGCUAUACUCCUAUCAGACAUUCCAUCUGUUGAUGGUGGUGACACUGCUACACAGAUCACUGAUCUAGCUCAUGGAAUCACUCCAGACAAUGACCGUCAACCCAAAGAGAAGGUACCGGUCAGAAGACGCAGACACAUAUCAUCCAAUCCACCAAUCCACCGGAUGACAGACGAUGCUCAGCCACUUACACCUACAGAGAUGACGGCUCAUAGACAACUGUUGUCGCAACACAGAACUUGAUGUUACUACCAUGGGAAAAAGUAGACAGGGUUGUUCUCAAAAAUAUUAUCUGUUGUCAAUGGCACACCACAUGUUUUCUAUAGUAUAUAACUGUUGUAGUAUAUGUGUAAUUAUGUGAUGUCAUGGUUUGUUAUUUAUUGGUAUUUGAUGUCAUGACUUUGUUAUGUAGUCAGAAUGUGUAAAAUUGUAUAUUGUAGUGGGUGCUUAUUGACAAUUGUAAUAGGAUAUGUAGAUUAGGAAAAUCAUGGUUAUUUAAAUUUUUAUUCCUUUUGAUAGAACCUUCCAUAGGAAGUAAGAAAAAUCAUGGUUAUUUAAAUUUAUACCCCUUUUCAUAGAUACUUUCAUAGGAUGUAAGCCUACAAAGAAAGUUCACAUAUUUCUUUUUUUUUUUUAGUAGUAUUAUUACAUCUUAGUAUACAAUUCCACAGAAAAAUUCUUCACUUGGUCUUGACUAUUCGUUGGAUAUCAAUUUUUGUCAAUUUCGUGGUUACAGAGGAACAAAGAAUUCAAAUGUUCAACGAAUCACACAUUUUCUAAAGGCUUUGUACGCAUAGAUUUUCUAAACCACAAAAUCAAUUACCCACGAAAAUGCAAGUUUUCCUUUAUCCACGAAAAUUGAUACCAACGAAAAUAAAUGAAUCCACAGUACUGAGCUGUUUUUAAUAGCUUCAAAGCCAUAUUUUUCUUACGCAAAAGUACUAUUGAAGAGUAAAGACUAGAUUUAUUUGUCACCAUUUAAACAAAGUAUGCAUUUUUUAGUGAUACAAAAAAGAUUUAAGUUGAAGGAUUUCAGUUAUUUUUAGGCGAUCUGGGUAUAGUUAUAAAAUUGUCAAAGAAUGUUGUAAACCAUUAAAUGUUAUUUCAUUUUGAUUGGGUUAAUUAUUGUAUAAUUAUUAUGUAGUUUCAAACUUUGUGAGCUGGUGUGUAUAAUGUGUGCAAUCAUUAAAAUUAUAGGGCAGUUUUAGCUAGAUAGCAAGUGCUCACUGUAAGUUUGAAAGAGAAUGAAUGGGUCAUAUAUUUUUAAUUGGACAUAAAUAAAAAAUAAAAAAUGCUUUCCUUAUGAAAAAGUUUACUGUUAAAAUAUUACCAAAUUGGCUUAUAAACAGAUGAAAAAUUUAUUACUUUAUUGGAGGAAACCAGUAUUUGGUCAAUAACUAGCUAUUUCAGCAAAAAACUAUACUUUUUCCUGAUUUGCCCAGGUGUGACUGGAUACAUUUAUUAUGAUAUAGAUUUAUAAUUUUUUUGCAUUUCAACCGUGUGCUAAAUUAUUUGUUAUUUAUUCUGUGAUAGUGAGUAUUGUAGUUUUCUUAAGCCAUACAAAAUUAAUCAUCUGGAUCUAAGUUUCUCAACCAACAAAAUAAGUUCUGGAUUAUUUGAUUCCAAGACAAAUUAAAUGCAAUUCAGAGUUCAUCGAAAAAGUGGUGGUGAAAAGGUUUAGAUCACCAAAAUUUUGCAAGGACUUGGACAAAUUUGGUAAUUUGCAAUAGAAACAAAAAUAGUGAGGACAAUCAGAUUCCAGAA